AUGGCUUUGGGUUUCGGUUCUCGCCUGUGGCGUGUUUCUGCCUCAAUAGUACUUCUCAUUACUACGGCGACAGCAAAGACUAUCGAUGAUGGCAAGCUAUUCACAGUCAAUGGAAUCAAUUAUUAUGGCGGAGGCGCGGCUGUCUCCAAGAUAGUCGUGUCCGCAGACUUCAAUGCCACCCAAUUCAACGCGGAUAUUGUUCCUAUUACGAUUAUUCGAACAGGGGAUGCGGUGUUCACAAAGGACCUCUUGAAGGAUACUAUUGCAAAUUAUUCCGCCUCUGAUGAUGUGUUCCAGACUGGGUUCCUCCAGUCGGUUUUCUUGCUCUACGACGGAGAUGGUCGGAGCAAAGCGGAUGUCUCAAUCCAUCAAGCUCUGCAGAAGCGUGGAAGCAAGGUCAUCAUGGCCUCGCCUCGCUAUAAGCCCGAGGCCCAUCUGACACCUGCCAAACUUUCGCAUGAUCUUCCUAAGGGACCCUACUUCUUCUCGCCCCAGACUGGAGAGGUUUACCAAGCUUUCCGUCUCUAUUCAGACCACCAGGUUGCCUUUACCGAGCCCGCUCUGAGUGACGGAAAGGGAGGAUUCAAGCCUUUGCCUGCAGCAGUAUCGGGUGCAAUGACCAAAAGUGUCGCUGUUCCAUCCCGACUGUACUAUACACCCACUACCAAGAAGCCACUUGCAGGACUACGCUUGGGUGUCAAAGACAUUUACCACAUCAAGGGACUCCGGACGAGUGGGGGCAACAGAGCCUACUACGAUCUGUACUCGCCGCAAAAUACCACCGGUCCCGCAAUUCAACGAUUGAUUGAUCAAGGCGCUAUCAUGAUCGGAAAGAUGGGCACUGUUCAAUUUGCGAAUGGCGAUAACCCCACUGCUGAUUGGGUCGACUUCCACUGUCCUUUCAACCCGAGGGGUGAUGGCUACCAAGCUCCCGGUGGCUCGUCUUCGGGGCCAGGUGCUGGUAUUGGUUCGUAUGACUGGCUGGAUAUCGCUGUGGGAAGCGACACCGGUGGCUCCAUGCGUAGUCCCGGGGGUAUGCAAGGACUGUUUGCUAACCGUCCUUCUACCGGCGCCGUCUCUCUGGAUAAUGUCAUCCCCCUGUGUCAUGCACUUGAUACAGCUGGUGUCUUCUCUCGUGAUGCUGCUACCUGGUCAAAAGUCAUUCAUGCUUGGUACCAGAACUUCACUGACUACAAGCAAUAUCCCAAGAAGAUAUUCUAUCAGGACUCCUCAUUCCCCGCCGUAAACACCUCCGCGGGUGCAAUGCUUGAGGAAUUUGUUGUCAAGGUUGAAGAGUUCCUCUCCACCAAGCGUGAGCAUGUGAACAUUUCUUCGCAAUGGGAAAAGACCCAACCAUCGUCAAUGCCCGCCAUCAACGACGUGUUGAAUACAACAUACGCCUUUUUGACAUCCGUUGACCAAUACCGCUCCCUUGCACUGCCAUUCUACGCAGACUACGAAAAGGAGCACGAAGGGCGCCGACCCUUCAUCAACCCCGGCCCUCUAGCCCGAUGGACCUGGGGCCAGAAUAACGGCGGUGAUCUUGCCUUUACUGAAGCCGUGAAAAACAAGACCAUCUUCAAGAACUGGUGGGAAACAGAUGGAUACGGCAAGGCCGACAAAAAGACAUGUUCUGAGGGCAUCUAUCUCUACCCCUAUACUCAGGGAGAUACGCAGUACCGCAAUGUCUAUCUCAGUGCCCCAACCGCUCCCCCUCUAGGCUUCUCCAAUGGCCGUAUCGCCGUCUUGGCUGGGACGCCUGAUAUGAUUGUUCCUGUUGGUGAGAUUGCCUACAACUCUACUAUUUCACUCAAGGAGGAGUAUAUGCCUGUCACUAUGAGCUUCGGUGCUGCCAGGGGCUGUGAUUUCAUGUUGGUGAAUCUCAUUGAGGAUCUUGAAAAGGCCGGUAUUGUCAAGCCUGUUAAGACAGGCUCGAUGAUGUAUCCUUCCUAA